GUAGAGAAUCUUUGAUAAUAAUUUUUUCAUAAUACAUAACAUUACUCGUUUGGACGCCUUUAAUUUCCACCUCUUUUCACCCUUUAAAUUCUUCUUUCUAUUAUACCCAUUUCUUAUAUGAGAGAAGAGAGAGAGAGACAGGGAGUCUAAGUUAGGAGGGAGAAGAUGGCUAGAGAGAUGCAGAAUAACACCAUGUCCAUAGAACAAGCCCCAGAGACCCUUCAAAACAGCGAUAUUCACAAGAACUUGGACGAUGAUGGCCGCCCCAAACGAACUGGAAGUGUGACAACUGCAAGUGCACAUAUCAUAACAGCAGUGAUUGGGUCAGGAGUGCUUUCUCUGGCAUGGGCUAUAGCUCAGUUGGGUUGGGUGGUUGGCCUUGCUGUUCUCAUGGCUUUCUCUUUCAUCACUUUCUUCACUUCCACUCUCCUCGCCGACUGUUACCGGGCUCCUGACCCUGUCACUGGUACCAGAAACUACACCUACAUGGAUGUUGUGAGAGCUCACUUAGGAGGAAUCAAGGUCCAGCUGUGUGGAAUAGCUCAGUAUUGUAAUCUGGUAGGGGUUACUAUUGGGUACACAAUAACUGCAUCAAUUAGUAUGGUGGCAGUCAAAAGAUCAAACUGUUUCCACAAACAUGGUCAUUAUGUGAAGUGCUCAAUAUCAAACUAUCCAUUCAUGAUCAUCUUUGCCUCUAUUCAGAUCAUUCUGAGUCAAAUACCAAACUUCCAUGAGCUCUCAUGGCUUUCAAUUGUCGCAGCAAUCAUGUCCUUUGCUUAUUCUUCUAUUGGGCUCGGUCUCUCCAUAGCUAAAGUUGCAGGAGGUGGACAUGCAAGGACAAGCCUAACAGGGGUGACAGUUGGGGUGGACGUGUCAAGAUCUGAGAAGGUUUGGAGAAGCUUCCAGGCCAUUGGAGACAUCGCCUUCGCUUAUGCUUACUCUACCGUCCUCAUCGAGAUUCAGCCUAGUCUUAGAUCUUAUCCAAAUGAAAACAAGGUGAUGAAACGGGCAUCACUCGUCGGAGUUACUACCACCACGCUCUUCUACAUCCUAUGUGGUAGUUUUGGCUACGCUGCUUUUGGAAACAAGACACCAGGAAAUUUCCUCACUGGGUUUGGCUUCUAUGAGCCCUUCUGGCUAAUUGACUUGGCCAACAUUUGCAUUGCUAUCCACCUAAUCGGUGCCUACCAGGUUUUUUGCCAGCCUAUAUUCGGGUUCGUAGAGGGUCAAUGCCGCCAACGCUGGCCAGAAAGCAAAUUCAUAACACACGAGCACACUAUUAAAAUCCCAUUCUAUGGAGUGUACUACAUCAACCUCUUCAGGUUGAUAUGGAGAACAAUCUAUGUAAUAGUGACAGCAGUGGUAGCCAUGAUAUUACCUUUCUUCAAUGAUUUCUUGGGCUUGAUCGGAGCAGCAUCGUUCUAUCCAUUGACCGUGUACUUCCCCAUCGAGAUGUACAUCGCGCAGUCAAAAAUACCCAAGUUUUCAUUCAGAUGGGUAUGGCUGAAAAUCCUAAGUUGGGCCUGCCUAGUUGUUUCCCUCAUUGCUGCUGCCGGGUCCAUUCAGGGACUGGCUAAGGACCUCAAGACAUACAAGCCCUUCAGAAUUCAGAACUAACAUAUUUUGUACCAAAAUGCAAUAUUCUUAAUAAGAAUGAAUUUCCAAGCGAGUCUGAGAAUCUGUAUAUCAAAAUGACAGAAAACACAACUGCAGAACUAUCUCAAACCUACAUAUGGGCACGACGCUGUACUAAAGUCAUUACAAUACUUUAAAGUGUAGGCUUUAAGAUCUGUAACUAAUGACAAUUUGGUAGGCAUACAUCUAUAUAAAGCACAAGUGGUUCAAGUAUAA